UUCAGAGAGGAGAGAGAAGCAGAGGACCGGGUGGGGCUGGGACCAGGAGAUGCAUCCAGGAGACACUUGGCUUCAACUCAAGAGCUCCUUGAAAGAAGGGACUCAGGGUAUUGCUGGGAGUGAGAAAGGACAGGAUUCUCUGCAGUCUGCUGCAUCUUCCUCUGGGUAACUGGGUUCUGGGCAGUGAGUGAGAGGUGUGGGAAGAGGAGGGACUGCCCUUGCAAAUCGGGAGAGAAAAGAAGAAAUGAGAGAGAGAGAGACAGAGAUACAGAGACAGACAGAGAAGGAGAGAGGGGAGAUGCCUCAAAGGGAACCUGGGUUGUGAAGGUGGAGGCUUGGGGGAGGGGUGCUGGAAAGGUAAGGGGGCCGCACCUGGGGGCCUGCGGGCGCACAUGGGUGGUCCGAGCCCUGCAGGCUGCAGCCUUGCCCCAGAACUGUCCGGUUUGUCUCUCUGCUCUGAAGUCCCAGGAGGCCGCGGCAGUGAGCGCUGAGCUCCCAGCGGGUGCUCAUAAGGGUGUGGGGGAGGGCGGCUGGAGAGGCGGGGCCUGCCGGCAGACGGGCGCGGAGCCUCCGGGCCCCGAGCGGGGUUCCUCUCGGGCGGGAGGGCGGGCGCGGGAAUCUGCGGGCCGCCGCUUCCCGGUAGUGGUCCGCGGUGGCGCCUGGCCCCUUCUCCGCCCACCGCCCCCACGCCUGCCAGCUGCAGUGGCAGUGACUCGCCUGGCGGCUGGUUGCCUGCAGGAGCCGCGCUGAAGAGCCUGGGGCGCGGCCUCGUCUUGCUGCUGGGGAUCAGCACCGGGGACAGCGCCACACCUGCCAGGGUCCCGCGCGCCGCCGGCCCCCACCCGCCAGCCCCCUGCCCUCUCCGCGGCCUCAUCAGCACCGCGGACAGCUCCCCGGCCCACGAGCUCUGGGGUCCUAACCGCAGACAGCCCGCAACGGCCGGCGCCCCUGAACAUGGCCACCGAGGUUCACAACCUGCAAGAGCUCCGGCGAAGUGCCUCACUGGCUACCAAGGUCUUCAUCCAGAGAGACUACAGCGAUGGGACCAUCUGUCAGUUCCAGACCAAGUUUCCUCCAGAGCUGGACAGCCGGAUUGAGCGGCAGCUCUUUGAAGACACUGUGAAGACACUCAACAGCUUCUACUCGGAGGCCGAGAAGAUCGGUGGCAACUCCUACCUGGAGGGCUGCCUGGCCUGUGCCACAGCCUACUUCAUCUUCCUCUGCAUGGAGACCCACUAUGAGAAGGUGCUCAAGAAGAUCUCCCGCUACAUCCAGGAUCAGAACGAAAAGAUCUUUGCCCCCCGGGGCCUCCUACUCACUGACCCCGUGGAGCGUGGGAUGAGGGUCAUCGAGAUCUCCAUCUACGAGGACCGGUGCAGCAGCGGCAGCUCCAGCAGCGGCAGCAGCACCGGCAGUGGCAGCAGCAGCGGCGGGGGCGUGGGCGCGGGGGCCCGGUGACUGGCCGAGAGUCCCUGCAGGGAGGUGUACGGCCGGGCCGAGGGCCUGGCGGACCUGCGGCGGCUGCGCUACCAGAGCACGCGAUUCUGAGCCCUUCUGGGGGCGCCCCCUGCCGCCCACCCCGGGGAGGGAAGGCAGGGUGACCAGCCAUCACCCCGGCCAUGCCCCUCCCCCCGCCCGAUAGGAGGGCCUACUUCCUCCACCGCAGAGCCAGAUCUUCCAGGGGGAAGACAAAGGGUAGGGAGAACAAUAUUGGGACAGCCUUGUUUCAAACAGCCUGGAGAGGGCCUGGGACUGUCAAAUAGAGAACCCCCAUCCUGCAUGCCUCCUUGUCUCAAAUCUCAAGGCCCCUAGGCCAACACCCACCCCUCCAAUCCCUUUCCCAUGCCACCUCAGGGCCUCUACCUAUCAAGAAACCUGUCUCCCCAUGAAUUUGAGGUGCUGGGAGAGAGGAGUUAUCCCAGGGGUGCUGUGUAGGAGCCACUCAGCCCCUCCUGACCUCUCUGCACCCCUGGGUCCCCUGCCCUCUGUCCCAAACUGAUUGCCCCUAUCAGCCUGGCCAAGAAGCACCCAGUCUUUGUCUGUUACCAGGUGCUGGCUGUGAGGACAUAACCCGGGGCUCUGGGAGGUUAUCUGGGGGGGUCAGGAGGGAUGCUUCCUAGGGAGAUGUAGAACAAGAACCAACUUCUCAAGGUUGGAGUUUGCACCUCAGAGAGAAUGAGUGUGAGUGCAUGUGUGUAUGUGCAGGUGAGAUUGCCCUUUGAGUCUUUGUGUGUGUGUGUGUGUUCUCCUGGCUGCCAGGUGAACAGCUGUUCCCUCUGCACCCUGCCUCAUUCUCUUAUGUGGUGGCCUGUGAUUACUCCCUGUGUGAGUCCAGCCUGUCCAAUAAAUAAGGUCCUAAUGUCCCUU